UACUAAACCUAUUUGUGUGGUAUAACAAACAAAAUCAAUGCUGUAGCAGCUACACAAGGGAAUGUCAUGAAGUGAACAAAAGAUGACAAAGCAUAAAACAGCAAACAAAGAGGGUUGCUUUAAACAUAGCACAAGUGAGCAAAACUGGUGCUUGGAAUAGGCCUACUGCUUCAAUAACAGUAAUGUAUAUAUUGGGGUAAAAAAAAAGAGAAAAAAAAGUAAAUAUUUUAAGAAGGCCUCGUAUGGUUACACUAGGUACCUUUCCUAAUUUUUGUUCCCAAGGACCUAAAGAAAUACCCUUAAAAAAGUGUCAUGCUUUUAUCUAGUCUGUCCAAAUCCCAUCAAAAUAUAAUAAUAAUUGUAUAUAUAUAAUUGUAAUAAUAAUAAAAUAUGGUGAUAAAACUAUAGUUUUCUAGUCUUCAUCAUCACUUUCAAUAACACAUUAUCUCUUCUUCCGAAUUUCCUCAUGGCUGAUGAUGUCUUCAUUUUCGUCUGGAUUGUAGACUGAUAGCUUUCGUUAAUUUCGAAAAUGUGGUCAGAGGGCAAUACGGAUCCGGUGAGGAGGGCAAUACACGGCUGGCAUGACUACGCAUUAGCCAAUCAGAACGCUCAUACUGUCGUUGCCAUAUUAUAACGUUUAUUAUAUAAAAGCGUCAAGGAGACUGUUGCAAGUUGUGGUUGGUUGCGAGUACCAGCAAAGGGGCCUGGUUGUCCAGAGGCGACACGUGUUGUACUAAUGAAAAUCCUCAAAAAUACUGAGCAUAGAGUCCUGAUUGUUUGCAUUUUUUUUCCUUUUAAUUUAGGGCUAUGCAGGGGUACCGUUAGUUAGGAGAAGAACGAGCGUUCCAAAGAAUCAACGAUCGAUGCAAAAGCAACCGUUUAAGCUUAGCAACCGAACAUGACUUCAUGCCACCCUCUUUAUGAAUGAACAACUCUCAACUACAAUUAAGAUAUCUCGUCCACGUUUUUGAUUUAUGACACAGUGUUGCCGACGAGUUUGCGUGUUUGUCUAACAUUAGCUAACCACUGCUUUGACCUGUUACCAUAGCUAACUUUGCUAUGCUAAUUAACUAAGGUUAACUAGCGUCAAUCAACAUGGGUAAAAGAAAGCCGGUUAGAAAAUCCUUAAAAAAAACAAAGAUAAAUAGUAUUGCAGCACACGUACCUGAUUUAGUCGUCUACAGUGACUUCAAGAAGAUACCCUAUGUGGAACAUUUCAAUGGCGUGUUACUAUUUGCAGACGUAUCAGGUUUUACUGCACUAACAGAAAGAUUCAGUUUGAGCAACAAGAAGGGCUAUGGCGCAGAUGAGUUGACCCGUACACUCAACAGUUACAUUGGAGAUAUAGUAUCCUAUAUCCUGGCUGCAGGAGGAGAUAUCCUAAAUUAUGCAGGGGAUGCCAUUUUGGCCCUGUGGACAGUGGAGAGAUCGCUACUCAGUGAGGUCAUCUCUCUGGUAGUCAAAUGCAGCCUUAACAUUCAGGACAACUGUGGUGUCCGAGAGACUGUCGUCGGCUCCGUGCUGAGAGUCAAAAUAGGAAUAUCAGCAGGAAAAAUGUCCAAAGUGAUCAUGGGAAAUCAGGAUAGCCAGUUCUUUGUUGUGAUUGGACGAGCGGUUGACGAGGUGCGGCUGGCCGAGGGAUUGGCUGUCGCCGGCAAUAUCAUACUGUCGCCAAAUGCCUGGGAGCUGUGUGACCGGGCCAACAUAGCCUUUGACCCCUUUGAGGAUAAACGUGCUGUGAAGGUGCGAUACAUCAAGAGAGAGCCCCAUUUUUCGGUUGAGGAGUAUAUGGAAUCCGUUGGCAAGAAUAUAGAGCAUGACACCACUAUUAAGGGUUGUUUGAGGAAAGCCUCCACACUGAUGCCCAAUGAGGAACGUGAGAGGUUUCUUCAGAAGUACAUCAUGAAAACCGUUCUGCAGAAGAUUGAUGCUGAUCAGCCCCUUGAAUACCUUUCGGAGAUGAGGCCGGCCACCAUCGUGUUUGUCAACCUGCAGUUCAAAGGCAUCGAGGCCAACUUAGAGCAGUGUCUGGCCAUUCACGUGGCCGCCAACGGCAUCAGCAAGCAGAUGGUCAAGCACCACGGCAGAAUCAACAAGGUUUUCAUGUUCGACAAGGGCUGUACGUUUCUCUGUCUGUUCGGCUUGCCUGGGGACAAACGGGAGGACGAGAGUGCCCAUGCACUCCAAGCUGCCUUCGGUGCCCACGAGUUCUGCCAGAGGGAGAUCCGGAGCUUAAGGAUCAUCUCUGUUGGAGUCACCUCAGGGCCUGUCUUCUGUGGGGUAGUGGGACAUGCUCUCAGGCAUGAGUAUACAGUGAUUGGUACCAAGGUGAACUUGGCCGCACGUCUGAUGAUGCACUACCCUGGCGUGGUGGCAUGUGACACAGAGACGCACAACUACUCCCGACUGCCUAGCGCCUACUUCACCGAGCUGCCCAAGAAGACAAUGAAGGGAGUCAAAGACCCUGGGCCCAUCUACCAGUUCACCGCUAGGAAAGUCAGGAUAACUGUGGGUCAGUCACCCAUGUCUGUGGAGAGAGAUAAAGAGAGUCCGCUUCUUGGCCGGGAGAAAGAGAUGGAGGUUUAUUCCAGUGCGGUGAGUAAUUUCCUGGAGGGCAGAUCCUCUGACACGGGCACCUACUCCAACGUGGUGAUCUACGGUGGCAGCAGCGGCUACGGCAAGAGCCGUCUCUUGGCCGAGGUGGUCUACAGAGCCAGCCUAAGACACUUUAGAGUGAUACCCUGUGAGCUGGCCGAGACUGAUACCCACCAGCAGAGGUACACCCUGCAGACGUUGCUUGCCCUCCUGCUCUCCGUGGAGACCUGCAAGAACUUCGCAGAGCGCGAGAAGGCCAUCCGGUCCCGGAUCCCAGACCCGGAGAUGAGGGAGAACCUCUGCCUGCUCAACGAGAUUCUCCUAGUCAAGAUUCCCAUUUCAAACAGAGUCUCAUUAAUGGACAGUGAGACGCGUGACAAAGAGACCAAAGACUUCAUAAUGCAGCUGUUCUGUCACAUGGCGGAGGUGGAGCCAUGCAUCUAUGUGAUUGACCAGGCUCAGUUUGUGGACCGCUCGUCGUGGCGCUUCCUGAAGCAGUUGCUGGACCGGGCGCACGUGCUGCUCUUCCUGUCCGUGCUGCCCUACACCUGCCAGAGCGAGCGCACGCCCGAGCUCCUCCAUCUGCUGAAGGCCCCGCGCACCACCUUCCUCAAGCUCCCCGGCCUCGAGCCCUCCGUCAUCGCCCAGCUCGCCUGCCAGAUCCUCUGCGUCAUACGCAUCCCCACUGAACUGGAGCUUUUCUUGGUGGAGAGGAGUCACGGGGUGCCAUAUUACUGCGAGGAGCUGCUGAAGAGCCUGUACCUGAGUGACAUGAUCUACAUCUCGGAGGUGGAGGAGGAGGAGGAUAGUAAGGACCUGGACCGCCUCUUCCCAGGCCCAAGUGUGUUGGUUCCCACAAGCAGCAAGCCCAAUUCGGAGGAGGAGAUAAAGAAGAAAUCAAUGGGGAUCGACAUUCCUACACAAGAAAACACAUCGGUCCUGAAGUGCAGGAAGAUCACAGCACUGGAUGAAUCCAGUAUCGCCAGAUAUAAGUACGUGUGCGUGACCAGCGAGGGAGCCAAAUUCCAUGACAUUCCCAUCCCUCUAACAUUAAAAGGUAUGGCCCUUGCCCACCUGGACCGGCUGGCGCCAGACGAGCAGAUGGUAGUCAAGUGUGCCGCCAUCAUCGGGCACACCUUCACCACGCAAAUGCUCACCAACAUCCUGCCCGAGCUGACCGAGGACCAUCUCUGCAACAUGCUCGUGUCCCUCUUCAAGGCAGGCACCUUCGUCUGCGGUUCCCGGCAGGAAAACAUGGCCGACCUCAGCCUGGGCACGGAGAAGUACGGCGUGCUCAGCUGCUACUGCAAGAAGGAGGACGGGGACAAGAGGGAGGACAAGGGGGAAGAGGACGGGGGGGAGGACGACGAGGAUGUGGCCCUGGCAUCGGAGGGCAGCGUGUGGCACUGCGAGGUGAUGCGCUUCCGCACGGCGCUGGUGAAGGAGACGGCCUACGACCUGUGGCUGCAGGAGCAGCGGCGCGACAUCCACAACAAGUGCGCCGCCUACCUGCUGAAGCGCGCCCACCGCUGCAUGCACUGCUCCACCAAGGAGUUCAUCUACGGCCACAAGGCCGUCGUGGGGCGCGACAUCGUCGAGGUCCACGGCGUGCUCCACGCGCAGGAGUCCUGCGAGAAGGCCCUGUUCGAAUACCAGGAUACACCCAGAAGACAGGGCAGGCGUCGAGGAACAAUCCAUGAAGCCGUGAAGCCGUUUCUGGAAAAUGAGGAUCUGGUGGACACUUUGGCUCGGCUGGAUGCCAUAAUCCAGAACCACCAGGAGGGGGCGAAGCAGAGCAAGAAGUGCCGCUGCGCUCAGAUGGUUGAGGUCGUGCUGAGUCCCAUGGCGCGCCACUGGAUAGGUGUGGGCGACGUGGCCAAGGCCCUCUACUAUCUGCUGGAGAUUUCUGCCGCCACACUCUACCUAUCCAAUAACUUUAAGGCUCUGGCAUACCUGAAUGAGAUCCAGGCCAUACUGGACAACUUGAAGGCUGGGAGGCCUGCGUUUGAGACAGCAGAAAAGGGCAAAGUAAAGAUCUGCAAAUUUGAGAAGGCCUGUGUGUGUCGCCUCAAGGGAGAGGUGUUGUUCAACACGGGUCAGAUCAAGGAAGCGGAGGUCAUGUUCGUCAAGGCCCUGAAGCUGCUGAACAGGAGACUGCCCAUGACCCGAUUGACAGCUGCCAUCAAGUUGGUCUCCGAGAGGAUGAAGAGGCUCCACCUCCAGCCCCAGGAACUGGACAUCCCUGAGGAGAAGAGGCUGGCAUAUCUGCACGGGCAGAUUUACUGCCUGUCCUACAUGUGGAAGAUCAACUCCAUUAAGAGGUUACCCAACAUUAGACGUGCAUUGCUAGCUAUCACCAUGGAAGAUAACUCAGCCAUGCUAACUUCACAGCAGGAAAAGACGGUGCUCUCUACGAUAGACAUGUUUCAGUUCAGCCAGAUCUCGGGGCAGGAGGGGGAGUGCAGCAAGUACGAGCGGAAGCUCUUUGAGCAGUGCGCCCAGCUGCCCGACACCUCAGAUUCAUACAUCCUCAUCACUCACUUCACACGCAACCUCUGCAUCACGCGCCUCUGCGAAGGGCACCUGGAGGAGGCCAUCCAGUACGGUUUCCGGACCAGGAAGGCGAUUAAGGGGCUGAACCAGGUGGGCGUAGACUUGUGGCUCAUGGCCAUCCUCAACCCCCCCAUGCUCUUCACCAACAGAUAUAGUACGUUUGUGCAGAUUACCCUGAGAUUGGAGCACCUAAGCAACACAACCGGGAUCAGCACUGGCAGAGGCUGGUUUUACACUUCCUGCUUAAACUGCAUGCUCUACGCUGGUUUUAUGGUCAGACGGAUGGAUGAGUGCGUGAUGUUCGUGCAGGACGCCCAGUCUGACCCCUGUCUGCUGGCUGAUAAGGGCCUGAUGUUCACCCUCUAUGCGGCACUUGCCCUCUGGUACGUAAGGCUGUGCGAUUGGCUGAAAGCGCGUGUGUACUACAGCAAGGCGAACCAUUUGUACCGCGCCGCUCCGUCCUCCCUGAUGGCCCUCGGCGGCAACAUCAUGUUUCUUGAGGUCAGCGUGAUGCUCUUCAGGAAAGCCCUGUUGGAGAACAACAAACACAUUCAGGAUAUCUACGCGAAAACAAUCAAGCGCUUCACUGAGUUCAAGCAGCAUUUCAGCACCAAUCAGAUCUACCAGCCGCGGGUGCUGCACCUGCGGGCCUACCUGAACCAGCUGGCCAGACACCAGACCAAGGCACAGGAGCUGCUGCAGAAAGCCCUGCUACUGUGUGACGCACAGGCCAACGACCUGGAGAAGACCUGUAUUCAGCAGAGCCAGGCUGCCUGGCAGACUCAGGAUGUGGAUCAGCAGAAGCAGUCAAUAGCCACCUGGUACAUCGCCACGGUAACCAUGCCCUUGUGGGACAAGGACUGCCCGCCGGAAACGGAAGAGCUGCAGGAGCACCGCUAUGUGCUAACGGUGCCUAUCCCGCACGUGCCAAGUGCCAGGGCGUCCGCCGUGCUCCUUGAGACGGACGAGGAGCAGGAAAAGGACGUGAAGGUCACUGAGACACUGGUGAAGUGGGCUAAUGCCUCCGAGACGUCCACGGAAAGUGAGGAGUCUUCAUCUUAGAAACGAGUGGAAUUGGGUUUUUGAUAUGCCGUCUCGGAGCCAGGUGCCUAACGGCUGUAAAAAUACACAUUGCUUGAAUA